UUCCAUUCCUCUUCCUUACUCAUUCAUUCAUUCCUCUCUUCUUCUUCUUCUUCUUCUUCUUCUUCUUCUUCUUUCUUUUUUUUUUAAAUUUUUUUUCUCUCUUCACUCGAUCGCAAGGGGAAUAAUCAAAGAGAAGCCCAUUAUUUUUAUAAUCAUAUUAAUAAAAAAUAAUAAUAAAAUGGCAGAGUUGAAGCAAAAGGAAAUUGUCCCUUGGCAUGAUUUUGUUGCUGGAAGUCUUGGAGGGAUGGCUCAAGUCACAGUAGGACAGCCUAUGGACACGAUCAAGACUCGUCUGCAGAUCGAAAGCAAGUCUGGACGAUUUGCUGGGCCCUUGGACUGCUUGCGCCAAACUAUUAAAAACGAGGGGUUCCUUGGACUCUAUAAAGGAAUGGCUAGUCCGCUGGUAGGUAUUGCUGCUGUGAAUGCGCUACUAUUUGCUGCUUAUUCCAAUUUCAAGAAGCUACAGGAACCUUAUCCUGGGGGGCCUCUAACACUAAGUCAGAUCGCCAUUGCAGGAGCAGGAGGAGGGAUUGUGAAUGCUGUGCUCGCUUCCCCUGUUGAGCUUCUCAAGAUUAAGAUGCAGGCACAAUAUGGAGCAGGAUCUACAGUCCGGUAUUCAGGGCCAGUUGACUGUGCGCAGCAGCUAAUCAAGGAGCAUGGAUUUCGACAUGGGCUCAUGCGUGGAUAUUGGGUAACUGUCUUUAGAGAGAUCCCUGGAUACGCUGGAUUCUAUGCUGGAUUCGAAGGCAUGAAGAGAUACUUGACGCCCCAAGGUCAAGACCCUGCUACAUAUCCUCAUGGAUUGUUCUCUCUCAUGGCUUCAGGUGCAACAGGCGGUGUUUCAUACUGGCUUGCAUGUUAUCCUCUAGACAUGCUCAAAUCCAUGAUCCAAAACCAGCCAAACCCUCCAAAAGGCGCGUUUUAUGUCCUAGAGGCUGCCAAACAAAUUUACAAAGAGGGUGGCAUCCAACCUUUCUUCCGCGGAUUUUCUCCUACAAUCAUCCGUUCCAUCCCCGCAGCUGCCGCUACCUUCACAACAUAUGAACUGGUAAUGCGGGCACUUUCCACAGUCUAACUCGUCCUUGUAACAAUUAUACAAUAUACAAUAAAUAUACUAGUUUUGC